CCCCUCCGCCCGCCCCCUUGUUGAUCCAGCCAUGGCAGCCGAGCCCGGGGGCAGCGCACAGCUAGGAGCUACCAGCCCGUAAAGGUCCGGCUGCUGGAGGGAUCGACCUUGCACGGGCUCCCUGGCUGCUUAGGAAAAGGGACUCCCGCUUCCCAGCCUGUCCCCCGGCGAGAGGGGCUCUUUCUCUCCCCCCAGGAACGCCGGCUUUUUAAACACCUCAGUGAGGAGGGUCGUAUUUCUCCAGGUCAGGGGCGAGGGGCUCCUCGCGGAGGGCUGGCCAAGAUGAACAGCCUCCCCUUCGAAGAGGCUUCCCUGGAGAGCCUGGACCCUUCACUGAUGCUCCAGGAAUCCAGUGAAAUUGACACAGCCUUCCUCAGUGACAUCGAUGACAUGCUACAGCUGAUCGACACAGACCAGAACGAUUUUCCCGGAUUGUUCGAUGCGCCGUUCAGCACGAAUGCCGCCCCACACCCCAACCCACACGGGCCCAGCCUUUUUAGCAGCUAUUUGGUGGACAAUGACCUGUCCUCCAGCCUCUUCCAGCUCCCAGCCCCGGCUCCGCCAAACUUCCCGCCUCCGCCGACAGCCAGCCCAAACACCCAGACGUCUCCCAUGGACAUCAAGGAAGAGCCCCUGUCCGCCACGGUCAAGCAGCUGCAAGCCCAGCUCCCGCCCGGAGGGACGAGCCAGAGUUUCCUUCCUCCACCCCAGCCCCAGUUCUCGGCACAGCCGUUGAUGGGCUUCUGCACCCAGAACAGUAUUCCUGCUCCUCAGCCUUCUCCGAUGGUCCCUGUCACAUCUCAGCAGACCCAAACACUGACGGUGCAGGCAUCAGUCCAGAGCAUCGCCCCACAGCCGCUCUUGGCCCCCAGUACCUCCCAAGUCAUCCAACCCCAAAUACAACAAGUGCCGGUUCUUCUGCAGCCUCACUUCAUCAAGGCCGAUUCUUUGCUCCUGACAGCCGUGAAGGCAGAUGGGUCUGUAGCCAAGACGUCCGGCAUCACCUCUCUGACCACCACCACGGCUAUCCAAUCCACGCCGCUGCAGAUGCCGGCGUUGGUGAGUGGAGGUACAAUCCUGGCUACAGUGCCAAUAAUGAUGGAUACUGACAAGCUGCCCAUUAACCGCCUGAAUGCUGGGAAGCCGCUGGCCAGCCACGGCAAAGGAGAGAAGCGCACGGCACACAACGCCAUCGAGAAACGCUAUCGCUCUUCCAUCAACGACAAGAUCAACGAGCUCAAAGACUUGGUGGUGGGGUCAGAAGCCAAGCUGAACAAAUCGGCCAUUUUGCGGAAGGCGAUUGACUACAUUCGGUUCCUGAAACAGACCAACCAGAAGUUGAAGGCAGAGAACUUGGCUUUCAAAAUGGCUUCCCAGAAGCACAAGUCCCUCAAGGAGCUGGUAGCCACGUCUGGUGGGAACAUGGAGGACUCGGCAGAAGGGGUCAAGCUGAUGGACGCCCUGACGCCGCCCCCCUCGGACGCCGGCUCCCCCUCGCACAGCAGUCCCCUCUCGCUCAGCGGUGCCAGUGGAAGCGACUCGGAGCCUGACAGCCCAUUCUGCGAGGAGGCUAAGGUGAAGCCAGAGCGUCCAACUCUCUCUCCAGGCAGCCUGGGGAUGCUGGACCGAUCCCGCAUGGCGCUGUGUGCAUUUGUCUUCCUCUGCCUCUCUUUCAACCCUCUGUCCUCCCUGCUGGGGGGCUCCAUUUCUGCAAGCUCCUCGGAGAUUGCUGGUCCUAGCAUCCAUGGGCGCAACAUCAAGGCCGAAGACGAGCCUAGAGUUGCUCCUGUGGCUUGGUCCCAAUGGCUUCUCCCCACUCUGAUCUUCUGGCUAAUCAACAUGACGGUGGUUUUGGGCACCUUCAUCCGGCUUUUCAUUUACGGAGAGCCCAUCACACGGCCUCACUCGGAGUCCGCCGUAACCUUCUGGAGGCACCGCAAGCAGGCAGACCUCGACCUGGCACGGGGGGAUUUUGCUCAGGCCUCUCAGAACUUGUGGACAGCACUCAAAGCCCUGGGGCGCCCACUCCCCACUUCCAACCUGGACCUGACCUGUAGUCUUCUGUGGAACCUGAUCCGGCAUGUGCUGCAGCGACUGUGGGUGGGGCGCUGGCUGGCGGGGCGCGCGGGCGGCUUCUUCCGUGACCGGGAGCUCAAGGCCGACGUGCGCAAGAGUGCCGGUGAUGCGGCUCUGGUCUACCACCAGCUGCAUCAGCUGCACAUGACAGGGAAGCAUGUGGCAGGUCACCUGUCAGCUAUCAACAUGGCACUGAGCGCCGUGAACCUGGCCGAGUGUGCAGGCGACACCAUCUCCCUGGAGACCUUGGCGGAAGUGUAUGUGGCGGCAGCGCUCCGCGUGAAGACCAGCCUGCACCGCUGCUUCCACUUCCUGGCGCGUUUCUUCCUCAGCAGCGCCCGGCAGGUGCUGCUGUCCCACAGCGGAACCGUCCCGCCCGCCCUCCAGUGGUUGUGCCACCCCGUGGGCCACCGCUUCUUCGUGGAUGGUGAAUGGACUGUGAAGAGCUCCCCUCGAGAGAGUAUCUACAGCUCCACUAGUAACCCAGUGGACCCCUUGGCCCAGGUGACUCAGCUCUUCCGAGAGCACUUGUUGGAGAAGGCCCUCUCUUGCGUGUCCAGGCUGGAGACCCCGACGCCGGCCAGCCACAGCGAGGGGGAAUUCUCCGAUGCCCUCGAAUACCUUCACUUCCUCAACAGCUGUGCCGAUGCAGUGCCCAGUCCAGCUCUUUUCAGAAGUACCAGCAUGGAUGCUACCACAGGCACUGACCCUGUGGCUCACUGGUGGGCAUCCCUGGUUGCCAUGGUGAUCCACGGGCUGCAGGGGGACGACGAGGCUAUGGAGCGCCUCUACCCGCUGGUGGAGUCCAUGCCCAGAGCUCUGCAGGCCUCCGAGAAUCCUCUCCCGCAUGCAGCGCUGCACACCUUCAAGGCCACACGGGCACUGCUAGGCAAACCGGAUGGCAACCUGGGCCAGUGCGACAAAGCAGGCGACUAUCUGCGGGAAAGCCUGGGCGGGAAUGCGCCUGCCAGCACCAUUGACAGAGCUGUGCAGCUUCUCCUGUGCGAUCUGCUCCUCAUCACCCGCACGAGGUUGUGGCAGCAGCAAAUGCAGGCAACUCAGCCCCAUGGGACCCCCUACCAAGCCUCUGCCCUCGAGCUGCGUGGCUUCCACCAGGACCUCAGCAGUCUCCGGCGCUUGGCCCAGGCGGACAGGCCGGCGAUGCACAGGGUUUUUCUGCAUGAAGCCACUGCCCGGCUGAUGGCGCGAGCCAGCCCCACACGAACGCACCAGCUGCUGGACCGGAGCCUGCGCAGGAGGGGGGCCUCGAGCAUCAAGGGAGCCAGCGAACAAGAGAGCCGCCCGACGGCACGGGAGCAGGCCGAGGCCCUGCUGCUGGCCUGCUCCUACCUGCCCCCAGUGUUCCUCUUGGGGCCAGGUCAGCGGGUGGGCAUGCUGGCCGAGGCCGCUCGCUCCUUGGAGAAACUGGGGGACAAGCGGACUCUCCAGGAGUGCCAGCAGAUGAUCAUCAAGCUUGGCAGCGGCUCCACCGUCACCUCCAGCUAGAGAGGCCCUCCCAGGAUGGGAGGGCCCCUCCGAGGGUGUGUGUGUGUGUGUUUCUCAGAAGAGCUAGGCUUGCAGACUCCCGGGUUCUCUCUCGGUGACCCGCUUCCCUGUGAGAUGGCGAACUUGCCUCCCCUGACCUCUGCGGAAAGGCUUCCCCACGGUGGCGUGCUGAGCAGGCGGCGGCGGCGGUGCCACUUGGAAGGGAGCCGUGGCCCUUGCCUUGGGGCGGCCCAGGAUCCUAGAGUCUUUGCUUGCCCCUGCUGUGAAACGGGGAAGGAGCGCUGGUGUCAGUGGCUGGGUGAGGCCGCCUCCUUGGAGGCUCGUCUCCUUGGCUGGGCUGUAGCCAGCCGGUGAGGUGCUCCGUCCCCUCUAGGCAGCUUGAGGAAGAGGUCUGCCCCGAUGUUCCUCUCUGAAAUGCACACUCACUUCACGUGGGCUCCUUGCCUACCCUAGCCAGGCUUCAUAUCCGUCAGCCUCUUGGCCACGGAGCCUUCCUCCCCUCCGGGAACCUUCCUCCUCCUCUUGGCAGCCGAUGGUAAGGCAGGGGGGCCCCCUGGUGGCUGCUUCUCAGCGUUGCAGGCUGCCCAUCUGCCUCUCUUGGCCAUAUGUCGGUGGAUAGCUGUGAGUUGUCUGGUCUGCUUCCUGCUCCUCCAUCUCCCAGCAAGACUUGGCCGCGUGACAAAGCACUAUUUGCCUGACAGCAUCUUAUUUUGGUUUUUUUAGGUGGGGAAAGUGUCAAUGAGGUAACUUCCCCCCUUGAUAAAACUGCCGUGAGGAGCGCAGUGCUCAAAUUACAGGGCGGGGGCUCUGCCUUGUCUUGAUGGCUUGCUACUGUCCUUAGAAGAGCAUAGGGGGCAGAAUUUGGUUAAAGUGGGAAGAGUGGAGGGGUCUCCUGUGGAAGAGCCCCCUCCCUAACUUUCCUCCUCGCAGUCUGGGCACUGGGAAACCCACUUGGGUCUUGUGUUUUUCAUUGUUUUUCCCUCACUUAGCAGCUCCCCUGCCCCAUGGUAGGGAGAUACCAUGCUGGUGGGGGGAUCAUUCCACCUGUUCUACCUGGCAAACAGCGAUUAAAAGCACAGGAGUCCUGCCAGGAAAGAAAACGUGGCGACCCCGUUUCAAAGAAUUGUAUCGCUACCAGCCCACCUCCAGCCUCAGAGGCAUGAUGCCUCUAAACACCAGUUGCAAGGGGGCCGCAGCGAGAGAGAGCCUGUCCUUGCCUAUGGGCGUCUCAGGGGCAUCUGGUGGGCCACUGUGGGGAACAGGAGGCUGGGUAGGCCUUGGGCCUGAUUUAGCAGGAUUUUUCUUAUGUUUUCUGAGUCCCAGGAAACAGCAACUGUCUCCCGUUGACUCCUGGAAGCAAUUAUGGGUAUUUAAAUGGCUUGGUAAUGGCAGAAAAGACUGAGUGAGGGGAAUGAGUUGUAAGCAAUCUCCAGGAAUACCCAGCUUCUCUUUUAUAAGCAGGUCAUAUGUAAAUGUGUUGUAUAUAAACGGCACCCUAUACCUACCCACACCCCAUCCCUGUACCCCAAGUAGGUCUUGAUCUCCAUGUUCAGAGGCAUGAUGCCACUGAAGACUAGUUAUUGGGCCAAUGGAAAGGAAACAAAAAAGCAGAUUCGGCAUUGAUUCAGGAUGUAUAUUCAGUGGCUUCCCAGCAGCAUCAGUUUGGACUAGAGGGACCCAGCAGAUAUUAUUUUCAUAGUGUGAAAUGGGAUUUUUUUUGUACAGACAGUGAAAUAAAACUUACUUAUUUAUG